UAAACAAAUAAAGCGAUCCGUAUUGGAAUGCUUAUAUAUUGACCGUACAUUGGGAAAUAGAGCACUUAACUUUAUACACGAGUGAAUUAAUAAUAUAUACACAUGUAUCCUGAGAUAAACAUAGAGGUUAGAUAUUUAUGGAGAUCGAUGAAACAUUUUGAAAUACAAAACCUUCCUGUAGCUAGUGAAACGACGCUGAAGAAAUUCAAUCGAUGAAAAACUAGGACAAAUAAUAUGUAAAAUAUUACACAGGUGUAUAAUGUUUUGAAGAAUACGUUUAAAAAUCUGGAGUUACAAAUAGUGAUAUAUAUAUUUUCAAAAAGGAACUUUUAUAUUAUACAGAGUAAAGAUGACAGCCGAAGAAGAAGGACGUGACAAGGCCCUGCGAUUCUACAAGAUUUUGGGAGGCCUACUUGGGCUGCUUGGAAUUGGUCUGCUGACAUGUGGAAUUAUCGCUGUGAUGAACAAAAGUUCGGAGGAUUUUGGAAUGCCUUAUUUUCUUGGUGGAUUCAUAGUAGGAAUACUGACGCUAACCUCUUCAGCAGUUUGCUGGUGCAUUUUAGUGAAGGCACCUUCGGCUGAUAGUGAUGUGAAAAAGAGAGAACUGGCAUGCGCCAUGCAGGGACAGUACAUUUUAUCUAUGUUCACUAUAAUGGGAUGUUUUAUCGGCUGUGUUAGUGCGGGGGUAGGGGGAUUUAGCUCCACAUCAUCUAGCUUUCGAGAUGAGGACGAAGAAGAUGACGGACCAAAGAAAACGCUUGCAUUAAUAAUUCUACUUGGCUGCAUUGGUGCAAUAUUUCUUACAAUAUUCUCAAUGUGUAUUGUGUGUACAUACGGUUCAUAUUUUGGCGUGCACAUACAGCGCGGAAGGCGGGGUCGCAUGGUAUUUAUAAAUACUAACGGACAAUCAACAAUGCCCACUGUUUUCCAAACCAAUACAGUCCAGACCGGUAUGAAUGUAAAUGAUGCACAGAUUAGUCAGUUGGAGGCACAAAAUCGUCUGCUACAACAACAACUUGAUCUCCAACGACAGAUGUUUGAACAACAGCAGCAACAACAACAACAGACACAGUAUUCAACUGGUGUAUAUCCACCGCCUCCACCUUCGUAUCCGGGAUUCAGUACAACCGGUCCCACAGCACCGCCGCCCAAUUAUUAUGAUGUCAAGUAGGAGGAACUUAACUUAAAUAAAUUUUACUCUGCCCAUUUGACUAUAUUAAAUGAUAAACAUAUUGAUCAAUACCUUGAAAAUAUUGCCAGUGAUUAACUUAACAUUUUGACCAACAAAUUGUAGUUUAAUGUGUUUGUUCAUACAUGUACUUCAUUGAUGUGACAAUUUAUACAACCUUUUCUAUCUUUUUUUUUUUAAAAAGAUUUAUGUUUGUUAUUUAAAUCCAUUAGUGGUAUUGUUUACGUCGAAUAUAAUUUCUGAUAUUAAAUAUCAAAUAAAAAACAAAACAUGUAUUUUGACCAUUA